AUGACCUUAGCUAAUAAUACAUCAUUAAAGAAAACUUCAUCAUCAUCUGCUAAAAUUCGUUAUGAAGGUAUUCUAUAUACAAUUGAUGCUAAUGAAUCAACUGUAGCACUUUCAAAAGUACGUUCAUUUGGUACUGAAGAUCGUCCAACUGAUCGACCUGUACCUGCUCGAGAUGAAAUCUUCGAAUAUAUUAUUUUUCGUGGUGCUGAUAUUGAAGAUCUUCAAGUACGCGAACCUCCACAAAAUUCAUUGACUCAAGAUCCAGCAAUUGUUGAGUCAUCGACAUAUUCGGAUAAUGUUCGUUCGAAUUCAAUUGGAACCAAUACAAAUCUUGGAGGAAUAUCUCAAAAUGGUCAAACACAUUCAUUAUCAAAUCGAGGUACAAUGCCAUCACCACCUAUUCGUCAAAGUACUGGCAAAGGUUUGAAAUCAUCUGAAUCAUUACGUCCAUUCAAUUUAAAUCAAAAACGUUCAUCAAGAGGAUUUAGUCAACAAUCACCAUUACGUCCAUAUGAUGAACAAGAUUAUUCUUAUGGUGGUUAUCAACGACGUACUCGUCAACAAGAUUAUUAUAAUGAUCGUCGAAAUAAUAAUAAUGAAUGGUCACGUCAAUCACAACGUUUUUCAAGACCAUUACAAAGUUAUAAUGAUAAUCGAUUUUAUUCAACGAGACGUCAACAACCAACAGGAAGAUUUAAUUAUCGCCAACGACGUAAUUCAACUGGUGGUAUCCCUAAUAAUCAACAACAACAACAAACACGAAAUAAUCGUCAACAACGUGAACGUAGUAAUGUUAAUACUCGAUCAACAUUAAAAUUUAUUGGUGAUUUUGAUUUUGAAAAAUCUAAUGCUGAAUUUGAUAAAAAUGCAAUUGAAGAUGAAAUUAAAAAAAGUUUAUCAAUUAAAAUAAAUGAUAAAAAUGAAAUAACAAAUGAUUCACCAAAAAUUGAACAAGAAAAAGAUAAAGAUAAUCAACAAAUAAUUUCAUCAUUAACAACAAAAUUAGAACAACAAGAUAUUAAUUCUGAUGGUUAUUAUGAUAAACAAAAAAGUUUCUUUGAUCGUAUUUCAUGUGAAGCUACAGAAAAAGAAAAAACAAAUGCUCGUCGUAAUCGAAAUGAAGAACGUCGUGUUAAUGCUGAAACAUUUGGUUUACAAUGUCGUUCAAUACCAUCAAGUGGAAAUCAACGUUUUGGUUAUCGACGAAAUAAUAAUGGUCGUUAUCAACGUACAACAAAUGGAAAUUAUGGUAAUCGUAAUGCUAUGUACUAUGGAAAUGUAAACAAUCGAGUGCGAGUCUAUUAA